UAAAGGUGACAGGUGAAGUUGUCGACGUUGCUCCGAGUUACAUGGUUAUAAGCUUUGAAAGGUUUCUUCCACUAAGAAUUGCGAAAAAUUAUCCCAAAUUUUGGCCAUAAGCGCCUAAACAAGUUUAUCUAUGGAAGCUUGAAUCACGUUCAUCACGGCUUAAGAUAUUUAACUUUGAAAUUUCACUUGGACCAUCAAAAAUGUUUAGCUCCAAAGCUGUAUUGAGCUGAAAGACCGAUUGAGCUGCCGAAUCAUUUCAAGCAGCCAAAUCAUUUCAUCUGGAUUGGCUUUUCCACUUGGUAAAGCAAAAAGAGCUGGACUAUUAUUUCGUCCUCAGGAACUAAGCGCAGUGAGCUGAAAACCGCCAGAUGGCCCAAAAGACCACCAAAUUGCAUCUUAUUAUACUCAAUGGCAUUGCUGUAUCCAAGAACGGAAGAUCUUCACAGUUUUUCUUUGGAUUCAACUAGGCUCUUAUUUCUUUUACUGUUCCUGGCAUGAGCGCUUUACAAACCUUAUCUUUCUGGGAGUACGGCGAACGACAGCUAUACCAAGAUACCCAAACAGAUUUUUUCGACUGCAACGCUUAAGAAAUAAAAUUAAACAAUUCAACCGAAGUCAAAAUGGACUUCAACUAUUCAUGUGACAGCUUUCCCGGAUGGGCAAGUUAUGCAGUUAGUCUACAAAAUAGUACAUAUUUUCUUGUAACGAUGUUUGGAACUCUCACUCUCCCUUCAAUCUUCUUCAACGCCUUAAUCUUGAUAACAUUAGCCAGGAUAGGGUCACUGCAAACCCCUUCAAACUUGUUCCUGUGUAAUCUCGCUGUGUCGGAUCUUGGUGUUGUGCUAAUAUCCCAGCCGGUAGGGUACGCAUGGAAGCUCCUAGAAUUCCUAAGCCCUGACACACAAAAUACUUGUGGCAUCGCUAACGUAUUUCUUAUUACCGCUACUUUAUUUUACGGUGUCUCCCUACUUACGAUAACUUGCGCGAGUAUAGACAGGUACCUUGCUCUGUACCUACACCUGAGCUACAACUCCACUGUAACUUGCAAGCGUGUUCUGGUCGUAUGCGGAGGGAGCUGGCUGUUAAUGGCAUUCAUAUCUGUUAUCACUUCAUUUGGUGUUCACGCAUUUCACAUUGCUGCAGCCAUUUUCAUAACAAUUUGUCUUCCCAUUAUGGCGUUCUGUUACUACAAGAUCUACAAAGUGCUCAAGUAUCACCAUGUAAAGAUCAACCAAUCAUUGCCGUCCGCAGAAGGAAGGGUACCGAACCUCUUGCGUUACAAGAGGUCUGUUAUCGGGCUCUUUUACGUCCUUGUCCUAAUGGUUGUUUCAUUUGCUCCCUUUGGUUGCGUCGCUGCUGUGUUUGAAAUAAUCGGUCUAUCUGAGUCAUUGGUUCUAGCUUGGAACGUGACUGCCUGCUUAGCGUAUGUGAAUUGUAUUCUUAACCCAUUGAUAUAUUACUGGAAAAUGAGGGACCUGCGCAGUAGUGUCAACCAAACGGUAUCCCUUAUUUGCACUCGCCGUUCGCUUCGGCAAAUCCAUCCGAUACGUAGUGCAUGGACGGUUGAUCAAAGUAACUCCCGAACAGCUUAAAAAUUACAGCCAAGGUGUAGACCUACAAGGAUGUACGCCUGCUGGAUCCAGAGAAUUAAAUCAACAAAAUAUUGAGAUGGUAUCCUUUGCGCCUCUAUGCAAACAGAGAAAUUUCGCUGACUUUUUAAGCGUUAGUCCUUUGUCGGAAUCGGGAUUAGGCGCUAAUCUAAGGCCUAAGUCAAUCCGUCUUUCAGGAACUGGCCCCUGGUGGUUGCCUAGAUGUGUCAAAGCCAUUGAGUCAAAUCACUUGACUUUUCGACUCGCGCUUAAAAAAACACAGAAAUGGCUUCACCUGUCACGCGGAGGAGUGACGAAAGAAAAUGAAAUCUUUUUAUGAAAAUAGGGCCGCUCUGAAAUUUUCUGGCUGAUUCCUAUGCGCUGAAUAAGUUACUUUUUGCUGAUGUUUUUGACGCCAGAAGCCGGGGCGCGCACGAAUCCAUAGCUAAGAAUGCUCAUUGUCCUCUUGACAUUUUCUCCUUAAGCUCGACGGAUCGAAUGAACACGUUUAAAGCUCCCGCGCUCCGAAUUCAAGCGUUGUGAUUGGUCAGCAUUU